AUAUAAUGCAUCUGGUAGGGCGGCACCACUGCGCCGGCGACGACGCGACGACUGCGAGUGCUCUCCAGUCGUGGCGUCCACUCACUCACUCUCACUCAGCUCAGCUCUCGCCACUCCGCCGCUCAUGCAUAAGAAGCGGCAGUUCUGAGCUCAAGUGAGUCAGCUCAGCUCAGCUCAGUUCAUCCAUCCACUCGCUCGCAGUCUGUCUGCGCUGCGGCGUCUGACGCGAUGAUGUUCCGGGCCGUGCUGUCCGGGGCGAUCAGCCUCUUGCUGCUUGCAGCGGCGGCGGUGGCCGGCGGCGAACGGAGGUCGUACAUCGUCCAGAUGGACGUGGAGAAGAUGCCGGCGCCGUUUGUGGAGCACGAGGGGUGGUACCUCUCCGUGCUGUCGUCGCUGGCGUCCGCGACGACGACGGCGGCGGGGGAGAGCGCGCCGCCGCCGGUGCACCUGUACACCUACACCCACGUCAUGCACGGGUUCAGCGCCGCGCUCACCACGGCGCAGCUGGAGGCGCUCAAGGCGGUCGACGGCCACGUGGCGGCGUUCCCGGAGACGUACGGCCGCCUCCACACCACGCGCACGCCGGAGUUCCUCGGCCUCAGCGCCGGCGCCGGCCUGUGGCCGGCGUCCAAGUACGGCGACGACGUGAUCAUCGGGAUCGUGGACACGGGCGUCUGGCCGGAGAGCGAGAGCUUCAGCGACGCCGGCAUCAAGAAGCCCGUGCCGGCGAGGUGGAAGGGCGCGUGCGAGGCCGGUCAGAAGUUCAACGCCUCCGCGUGCAACCGGAAGCUCAUCGGCGCGCGGUCCUUCAGCAAGGGCCUCAAGCAGAGCGGCCUCGGCAUCUCGCCCGACGACUACGACUCGCCGCGGGACUACUACGGCCACGGCUCGCACACGUCGUCCACGGCCGCCGGCGCCGCCGUCGGGGGCGCCAGCUACUUCGGCUACGCCAACGGCACGGCCACCGGCGUCGCCCCAGUGGCCAGGGUCGCCAUGUACAAGGCCGUGUUCUCGGCCGACACGCUGGAGUCCGCGUCCACCGACGUGCUCGCCGCCAUGGACCGCGCCGUCGCCGACGGCGUCGACGUCAUGUCGCUGUCCCUGGGCUUUCCCGAGACGUCCUACGACACCAACGUGAUCGCCAUCGGGGCCUUCGCCGCCAUGCAGAAGGGCGUCUUCGUGGCGUGCUCCGCCGGGAACGACGGCUCGGACGGGUACACCAUCAUGAACGGCGCUCCGUGGAUCGCCACCGUCGGCGCCUCGAGCAUCGACCGGGACUUCACCGCCACCGUCACGCUCGGCAGCGGCGCGACCAUCCAUGGCAAGUCGGUGUACCCUCAGGUCAGCCCGGCGAUCGCCGGCGGGAACCUCUACUACGGCCACGGCAACAGGAGCAAGCAGAGGUGCGAGUACUCCAGCCUCAGCCGUAAGGACGUGCGCGGCAAGUACGUCCUCUGCACCGCCGCCGGCGACGUGAGCAUCGGGCAGCAGAUGGACGAGGUCCAGAGCAACGGCGCCCGCGGCGCCAUCAUCGCCGGCGACACGAAGGAGUUCCUCCAGCCGUCGGAGUACACCAUGCCGGUGGUGCUGGUGACCGCGUCGGACGGCGCCGCCAUCGCCAAGUACAUGACGGCGGCGUAUGGGGGCCGCAGAGGGGCGCGGGCGCCCACGGCGAGUCUCCGGUUCGGCGGCACGGCGCUCGGCGUCAAACCGGCGCCGGCCGUGUCCUACUUCUCGGCCCGCGGGCCGGGCCAGAUCAGCCCGACGAUCCUGAAGCCCGACGUGGUCGGGCCCGGGGUGGACAUCCUCGCGGCCUGGGUGCCCAACAAGGAGAUCAUGGAGAAGGUCUUCACCAAGUACGCGCUCGUCUCCGGCACGUCAAUGUCGUCGCCGCACGUCGCCGGCGUGGCCGCUCUUCUGCGGGCGGCGCACCCCGACUGGAGCCCGGCGGCGAUCCGGUCGGCGAUGAUGACUACGGCCUACGUGAAGGACAACGCCGGCAACGUCAUCGUCAGCAUGCCGAGCGGGUCGCCGGGGACGCCGCUGGACUUCGGCGGCGGCCACGUCAGCCCCAACGAUGCCAUGGACCCGGGGCUCGUGUACGACGCGGCGGCCGACGACUACGUCAGCUUCCUGUGCGGCCUUCGCUACAGCAGCCGUCAGAUAUCGACGAUCACCGGCCGGCGAAACCCCAGCUGCGCCGGAGCAAGCCUCGACCUCAACUACCCGUCCUUCAUGGUGAUCCUCAACAGGACCAACUCGGCCACCCGGACGUUCAAGAGGGUGCUGACCAACGUCGCGGCAUCACCGGCGAAGUACAGCGUGUCGAUGACUGCGCCGGCGGGGAUGAAGGUGACGGUGUCGCCGACGGCGCUGUCCUUCGGUGGCAAAGGCAGCAAGCAGACGUUCACGGUCACGGUGCAGGUCAGCCAGGUGAAAAGGAGCUCAGAUGAGUACAACUACAUUGGGAACUACGGGUUCUUGAGCUGGAAUGAAGUUGGAGGCAAGCAUGUUGUCAGGAGCCCUAUAGUCUCAGCAUUUGCCCAGUGAGGAAGACAUAACAGGAGCAAAAAUAAAAUUAUGGCCGUAGAAAACAUACUAUAUUUGUAAUUAAUCCUGAUCAGGCACAGUAAGAAAUAUAGUCUGAAGAAAGGGGGGAAAGCCUCACCAGAUACUAAAUUACUACAGUUGACAAGUGUAUUUAUAAUUUAUAUCUGAUGAUCAAAUUAUAGAUUUCUCGAUUGUUUUUUUCUUCA